CAUUGUAUCGCGAGAGCACUGUAGCCAAUGAGGUGGCGGAGUUAACAGCCCCUUCGCCGCCCUUAACAAUUGCUGCGAGGUUGAAACCUGUGUGAACCUGGUCGGUGUUCCUGAUCUGCGGCUUCCUCCCUCCAUAGGCUUCACCAAUAGUCCAGCACCAAGACCACUUAGAAAAAUGGAAGGUAAUGGAUCCAUCGACAUGAUCUCAGAAGUCCUAGAGAACCAGUUCCUCCAGGCUGCUAAGCUAGUGGAAAAUCACUUGGACUCUGAAAUUCAGAAACUGGAUCAGAUUGGUGAAGAUGAACUGGAGAUGCUCAAAGAGAAGAGACUGGCGGCGCUCAGGAAGGCUCAGCAGCAGAAACAAGAGUGGCUUUCCAAAGGGCACGGGGAGUACAGAGAAAUCAGCAGCGAGAGAGACUUCUUUCAAGAAGUCAAGGAAAGUGAGAAAGUGGUUUGCCAUUUCUACAGAGACACCACAUUCAGGUGUAAAAUACUAGACAGACAUUUGGCAAUUCUGGCCAAAAAACAUCUUGAAACCAAGUUUUUGAAGCUGAAUGUGGAAAAGGCACCAUUCCUCUGUGAGAGACUGCGGAUCAAGGUCAUCCCCACACUAGCUCUCUUGAGAGAUGGCAAGACACAAGAUUAUGUUGUUGGAUUCACCGACCUAGGAAAUACAGAUGACUUCACUACAGAAACUUUAGAAUGGAGACUUGGUUGUUCUGAUGUUAUCAAUUACAGUGGAAAUUUAAUGGAGCCACCAUUUCAGAGCCAAAAGAAAUUUGGGACAAACUUCACAAAGCUGGAAAAGAAAACUAUCCGAGGAAAGAAAUAUGAUUCCGAUUCUGACGAUGACUAGACCGUGCUAUUCUUUAAAACCUUCUGUCUGUCUGUCUGUCUGUCUGUCUGUCUGUCUGUCUACUUCAGAGUUAAGUGUGUUUUCUAAAUUCCACUGAUUUUGGCCCAUUGACCAUCUGAUACUCUUAUCCCAGCGUGUACACUGUUUGACCAUUUUGUCUGCAGUCAUUAUGUAUAACUUGAGAGAAACAUAUUUUAAAUUACCUGGGAAGGGUCUGAAUUCUCUAUUUUUGUGAUUGAUUUUAUCAUAACCUGAUUCUUCUAUCUUUAAACCAUU